AUGGUGUGGUUUGGUUCUUGCCUGGGACUCCACAUUUCUAAAUUUCCCAAUAAAACACUAUCAGACUGGAUAGCUGAUUGGAGCAACUUGAAUGACAAUGAGGAUUCUGAAAACAACAUGAUUUGGCGUUGCUUCUCAAUUAUCUGGAACAUUUGGUUAGCACGGAAUGAGCUAAUCUUUAACCAGAAAUCUUGGAGCCCUGAAAUGAUUAUCAACAAAGAAAACUCACUUUUCCUAAGCCAGAGUAUUCAUAAUUUGCAGAUUUCAAGUGCAAACACUCAGCCUACAUCUACCCGAGUUUUGCAGAACCUUUGGGUUAAACCAAGUUUGGGAUCCCUGAAGCUGAACUUUGAUGGUGCCAAUUCAACCUCUGAAUCGGGUAUUGGUCUGAUUAUUCGGGAUGGGUUUGGAGAAGUUGUGGUGGCUAGGGCCAUCCCUGUUGAGGCCAAUUCGGCUUCUACCACUGAAGCUUUUGCGCUCUUUGAAGGUAUCAAGCUUGCUUUGCAACUGGACCUCAAUUUGAUUAUUUUUGAAGGUGAUGCAAAAAUUCUUAUUGAUUCUCUGUUGGAGAUCAACCCAAAUCCUCCUUGGAGCCUUCGUGUGCUCUUAUCUUCCUGCAAGAAUCUUCUCGACCGCCUUCCCGACUAUUCAGUUACGUUCACCCCUAGAUCAGGUAACAAGGUAGCCCACAAACUUGCUAGGUUUGCACUGUCUUGCUCGUCACCUAAAACUUGGUCUUCUUGUCCAAAUUUCUUGAAAGAUAUUUUCUCCUCAGAUGUAACUGAUAGUUUUCUUUGA